UAAUAGUCAAAUUUUGCAUUAACAACAAUGUAUUAAUGUCGGAUCUGUACGUUUAGAUGUUUUUAGCUAAUUAAAUUAAAUUAUGUCCGUGUAGCAAAAUAUGAAAGUGCCAUUUUAUACAGUCAUCGGGCCAUUACUGAAGAAAAACCAUAGGCAUAUAAAAUUUUUCUGUGAAAAACCGAUUUUUUCGUUUUCCCCUUUUUACGUUCUUGUUUUAGGUAUUUUAGGUGCGUUUUUAAGUAUAUACGACAUACUGAGGAUCAUAAAAUGCGGACCGACGUUACCGGGCUUCCUUUGGAGGGAAAGACUCAAAAAUUGCUCGUUGGUUGCUCCAGAAGUCGAAAGAGAUUUCAAAUUAAUUUGUCUCGUUCUAUCAGCGGAGUAUUACAUGUUUCUUUUGACCGGUUUAGCCACAGGUAAUCCCAUAUUUUUUCUGCCUUUCUUGUGCUUGUACGCCGGCAUAAUUCUAAUGGAAUCAUCGAUAUUUCUCAUGCGAGCGUUCUUGGAAGGUUUGGAUUUCAAUAAAUCAUCGUUGGUAAUGUCUAUGUUUAUGGUGUAUAAUUGGCUAUCGGUAUUUUGUACAUUUUGUCGUCACAUGACAGGAUGCGAUGUUUAAGUUGCAAAUUGUAUCUAAUUGUAGUGAUUAUUCUAAUUGAUAUAGUAAAAUUUUCGUUUUUAAUUUACAAUGGUUUCAUAUAAUUUUUACAUGCGCAAGAAUUUCUUUAGGAAACAUUUUUAAUGCAAGAAGUCAAACUCUACAAAAAUAAUUUAACAAGACAAUAAAGAAAGGUCCAGUGUACCUGACUAUAUAAGUUAAUUAACAUCCUAUUACUAAUUCGUACACAAUUGUUCUAAAACUAGGAUCACAAUUUCAUGAAACAUUUUACUUUUCUCUAUUGUUUUAAGUUUCUAUUUCAUUUUUAAUCCAAUUAACAAAUUUAGCGACAUCGCAAAAUACGAUGUAUUGGUUGGAUAGAUCGCACGUGCCAUUUUCGCUCGAAAUUAUCGAUGCUAUACCUCUCAAAUAAUAUACACCUCCCAAUUUCACGAAGAACCCGGCUCCACUGUCGCCUAUGCAAGGACCAGUGGCAGUCUCACCGCUUUCUGUAAAAUUCAAACCCCAUUAAUAGAGCAAUCAAUUCACUUGUAAAUCACUUACUUGUACAAAACGUCAUGUCGGACACAACGCUGUCGAAUCCCACGGGACUGUUGUAACAUUCCCUUUGGGAUAUAAUGGGCAUGUUGGCUCUCUUCAAUCUCACCGCGUGGAGCUGCCCGUUUCUUCGAGCAUCUUCGUCUUGCCCGUAACCCGCCACUACACCCGUUUCUUUGGUGUAUUCGUCGAUGUUCGUGCUGGAGCUCCACAGGCAUAUCGGAGACAAGGCGUUCGUAAAGCGCACCGUACGAUCUAAAAUAUGAAUGGAAUAGAAUGGAAAUGUGAAUGGAAGUAAAUUAGCAUAUUUACCCAUGGUUAAAACGGCGAUAUCACCGUGUGCAGAGUCUGGAUAAUCUUGGAAAGAAGGAUGAGCCACGGAGUUAACUACUUUUCUGUGUACUGCUUUGCUGCUCCUCCAGUUCAGUAGGUUGUUGGUGCCCAUCACCAACAUUAUGUCCUCGUUUUUAACGAUUUGAACCCCGUAGAACAUUAUGCAACGGGCAG